UGUAGCAUCAACUUCAUCCUCAGAUCCAAACACCAAGGGAUCAGAUUUUCACCAUUGGGACGAGGUUGACCCUUCCAGAGAAUCAACAUGCUGGUGAAAGUCGUAGCUCUUGCACUAGUCGUGUGUGCAAUCACAGGAUCUCAAGCCGAGGUCAGCACCGUCCAGAUUAGUGAUGCUUUCUGGAAUUACUUCACCCAGCUGACCAGCAACGCCAAAGACAAAGUGGAGGAGAUACAGCAGUCUGACAUCAGCAAGCAGUUAAAUGUUCUAAUUGAUGGAAACCUGAAGAACAUUAAUCUUUAUGCAGGAGAACUACAGCAAAAACUUGUUCCAUUUGUCAAGCAGAUACAUGACCAACUAACACAAGACCCGGAAAAACUGAAGGAACAGAUAAGACAAGGGCUGGAGAAGCUGAAGGUCAAGCUGUCCCCAUAUGCAGUAGAAGUACAAAAGCAAGUGGAGAAGAAUGCAGAGGAGCUUCAGAUAAAACUGUCUCCGUAUGCGGAGGAGAUUCGAGCCCAGCUGGACAAAAACACUGAGAUAGUCACCGAACAACUGAAGUCUAUUACAAAGGACCUAGAAGCCAAGAUCAGAGAAAAUACAGACCGUGUGCAGGCCUUGGUGACCCCAUAUUCCCAGCAGUUGAAGGCUACAAUAGAUGACAACGUAGAACAACUGAGAAAGCAGCUGAAACCCGUCACCGAGAAAGUCAAAGAUAAUGUUGAUCAACAACUGCAAGAGCUAUAUAAGAGCCUGAAACCCUAUGCAGAAGAUGCCCAGGAAGACCUGCGUAACCAGAUCAAGAACAUGGAAUUUCAGAUGAAGAAAAAUGUUGAGCAGAUGGAAAGCAAAAUCUUGGAGAUCACUGAGCAACUGAAAGACCAACUUUACCCCUAUGCCAAUGAGAUAAGAAGCAAGCUGGAUGGAGACAUGACAAACGUCAAGCAGAAAUUGGAGCCAUACCUUACUGAGAUGAACCAGAAGAUGGACCAGAAAAUUGUAGAGUUCAAAGAAACAAUGACCCCCUAUGCAGAUACCCUCAACAAGGAACUUGUCCAGAGAGUUGAAGAUCUGAAGAAGAAGUUGGGAGAAUACACUGUAAGUGUUCAAGAUCAAGUAGAGUAUUUGGAGAAAGAGGUCCGAGACAAGAUCCAAGAUUUUGUCAACAAGGGUGUCUCCACUGAAAACUGAAUUCUCUUCCCUCCUGAAGAACAACGUCAUCUGUUAUGAUACCUCCUAACAUUACCAGCUAGUGCUACCAUGUUAAUUAUAGUGGUGCUAUUUUGUUUCUUGCAUUAUCCUUCCUCAUAAAUUCUCUAUGUUUACACAGUUACAAGCUGAGGGUUUCUCCUGAUCUUAGAGUAUUCCUUAACUCUACGUUGUCGUUUACAAUCCUAUAGGCAGUUAAGUUCUAACAUAUUUCACCUCUAUAGUGCUAGUGCUAAGAUAUUCCUGUAAAUCAGAGCUAGAAUAGCACAUAUAUUCUGGUUAUAACUAAACUGAACAGGGAACAUGCUAUAUGUCAGCUGUGCAGUUAUUGUAUUACAGAGUAUUAUAUUACAUUCUCUAUGUCAUCGUUCCAUGAAGUAUAAUAAGCCAUACAUUUGUGACUGCAUUCUGUUCAAUAAAAAAAAUGUAGCAAUA